AUGGCUGGCAAUGAUCCCGAGCACAGAGAGGAGGAGGAGGCUCCCGCCACCGCCGAAGACGAGGACACUGGGGCUCAGGUCGCCCCUAUCGUCCGCCUCGAGGAGGUGGCAGUCACGACCGGAGAGGAAGAGGAGGAUGUUCUCCUUGAGCUGUUAGUUGCUCUCCUCUUUUUUACAAUCUGUUCUCCUAGUCCGCUCCUAGGUUUUUUUUUCUUUUUCUGCGAUUUCUCGUCUUCUCCGGGACCGCUUUCUGUGGGCGUAUUUCAGUGCUUGUUUGAUGGCGUCGAUCGUAUCGAAUUGUUUCUGCAGGAAAUCGAAGCUUUACCGGUUCGAUAAGGAUGGGAACCAGUGGAAGGAAAGGGGAACGGGCACGGUGAAGCUUCUUAGGCAUAAGGAGACGCUCAAGGUCCGGCUGGUCAUGCGGCAAGCCAAGACACUUAAGAUCUGCGCAAACCAUCUUGGUUAGGGUUUUCCAUCCAGCUGAUUUGAAGAACUUUUUUUUCACCAGUUUAUUGUUUCUGUUCACUUUAAAUUAUAUUCUUUUGGAGGAUACCUUGUUCUUCUCUGAUUUUGCUCACUUUUUUUUUGGUCUCCGCUUCAGUUCUCCCAUCAAUUAGAAUGCAGGAGCACGCGGGGAGUGAUAAGUCAUGCGUGUGGCAUGCCACAGACUUCUCCGAUGGGGAACUGAAGGAUGAAAUGUUUUGCAUUCGUUUCGGAUCUGUUGAGAGUGAGUGCCCUCUGGAUUCUGCUGAUACGUUCUAUUUGAGUUUCAUUCCUAUCUAAAUGGCGAUCUUAUUCUAGCUUGUUAGUUUCUUGCUCCGAUAUCUUUUCUAAGUCAUCGUCUUCCAAUCAUUUUUAGCCUUGUUUCGAUUUUCCGUUUAGCCAAACUCAAGUUUUACCUCGGGAUUAGUCUGUGCUGUUAGUUUUGUUCACACUGCUGUUUGGAAUGUGUUGAAUUUACCUCAUGAUUUCUCGGUUAAUCACCGUUGGCACAUUUUAAUUCACGUAUUUUCUUGAUUGUUGUUUUUUGAUGUCUUCUAGACUUCAUAGUGUGUUUGUUACUGUGAAAAUUAAAACCUCUUUUGGUGCAAGUGGCGCACUUCUCCUUCUUUCGCAUUGGUGAGGUUGGAACUAUUUAUUACAUUGAUGGCUGUCAUGCAAUAUUGUUCACCAGUCUUGUCUAUGACAUCAAUUUUAUUUCCUGCUGUAGUUUUCAAUCCCAAAUCUGGAUCCAUGUUUUAUGCUCUUGCUCUAGAAUGCCAAUCUUAUUACUCUUUGUGCUCAGUGGAGUAGAUCCACAGUCUCUAGCCAUCCAGGAAACACGCCACUUAUGUUUUUCAUGUUGAUAUCUAUCUUUCUCGCUUUGAUCCGGUAUUAAUGUUCAUCACUUCUUUGCAUGAUGAACCCAGAAAUUACAAGCCAUGUUGAUAAUUAGAAGUGUGUUUAUCUGAUUACAAGGCAUGUGAAGCAUGAAAUUUCAGAUCUGAACCCAGAAAAAUAUGAUGCCAUUAUUGACUCAUGUUUGAAAAUUUGCUUUUGCGCUACUAAUUCCCUUUUUUUUCCUCUCUUGCAAAAUGAACGUAUAAGGGGUAAAAUGUAAAUUCCUUUACAAUAAUUGAAUUUUUGGUGCUUGAUAUUUUUGAUAGCUGCGUCAGGCUAUCACAUAAGGAGUGUUAAUACCACAAGUUGAAAGCAAUAAUUCUUAAAAAAAUCUUAACUUUACUUAGAUAUAUUUAUGAGGCGGCUACUUGCCAAUUAUGUGCACUUUUGGAUUAUAUUGUACGAAUCAUAAGUGCACCUCAAUUCUACACACGUAACCCAUAAAGAGAAUCUAGAAUAUUGUAAACACUGUAAUUUCUCCUCAUGAUCAUUACACGCAGGAUCACCUAUUUAUUUUGAAUGAUUCCUGCAACUUUCAUAUCACAAUGGAACUAUGUAGACUUCUUUCUGGGAAAUUUCUGUACAACUGCAUCAACAUUAGGGGAGGAAUCAUGUAAAACCUUUGUGCUGUUUUGCUAGAUUCCCGCUUUAAGCCAUCGCAACCCUCUUUAGAAUCGGAUACACAAUGAGCUUCCGUUCAUAUCUCUUUUGCUUAUAUAAUAAUGGUGUGCCCACCCAGACUGCAAGAAGUUCAUGGAGAAGGUGGAGGAGAUUGCCGAGUCCCAAGAAGAAAAGGAAGAGAAGGACGGCGGGGGAGAGGCCACAAGUGCCGCUGGGCUCCUGGAGAAGCUGACUGUCAAGGAGGCCCAAUCUGAGGAGAAACCCGCUGAGGGAGCAUCAGGCAAGAAGGAAGAGGAGAAACCUGAGACAGAAAAGAAGGCAGAGUAG